AUGGGAGGUACAGGGUUUGAGAAGUGUGCUUCAGAACAUGGGCUGUAUGUGAAGUGUUGCCAAUACAGUGGCAGAACAGAAAAAUUAAUUGUGUGCCUGUAUGUGGAUGACUUGUUAGUCACUGGAAGUAAUGAGGAGUUGGUUUCGGAGUUUAAAGCUGAAAUGCUAAGGGAAUUUGAAAUGAGUGACCUUGGAAGACUGAGUUACUUCCUUGGGAUAGAGUUUACCGAGACUGAAAGUGGUUUAGUGAUGCAUCAGUCUAGGUAUGUUCUAAAUUUGCUGAAAAGGUUUGAAAUGGCAGAAUGCAAUGCAGCUAACACACAAGCUGAAAUUGGGUUGAAACUAGAGAAAGAACCAGAAGAGGAUGCUGUUGAUCCAACAACAUACAGGAGAAUGGUUGGGAGUCUAAGGUAUCUUUGCAAUACCAGACCUGAACUGAGUUACAGCGUGGGGUUAGUGAGCAGAUAUAUGGAGUGUCCCAGAACAUCUCAUUUGAAUGCAGUGAAGAGAAUUCUAAGGUAUCUACAGGGGACCUAUUCCUAUGGAGUCCUAUUGAGAAAGGAGGAGGCUGGAGUUGAAGUGCAAAUCACUUCAUACUCAGAUGUUGAUUGGUAUGGUGAUAAAGGAGAUAGGAGGAGUACGCCUGUGUAUAUCUUCUUCAUGGGUGGAUCUCCAAUUUCUUGGAGUUCGAAGAAAGAACCUGUAGUAGCCCUAUCAUCUUGUGAAGCGGAGUACAUAGCAGCAUGUGAAGCUGCAUGUCAAGCAGUGUGGCUGGGAUAUUUGCUAGAAGGACUGAAGGUAGAGUGGUCUGGUAGAGUGAAGUUGCUUGUUGACAACAAAUCUGCCAUUGAUUUGGCCAAACACCCUACUUCUCACGGUAGGAGUAAACACAUUAAGACUAAGUUCCACUAUAUUAGGGAACAAGUCAGCAAUGGUCGGUUGGAGGUGGUACACUGCAGAUCCGAAGACCAGUUAGCAGAUGUCCUCACCAAAGCACUCAAAGGUGAACGCUUUCUGACUCUCAGGAAGCAGAUUGGGGUGGUCCGAGUGGAGAUUGGCAAGAACGGUGUAGAUCGGACCAGAGGAAGGGCGAAAACCUAG